AGGUACUUUUAAAAAAAUGUGCAACAAGACCAUUUAUUACAGUCUGCCAUUUCCAAAUGAUUAUGAGCGCCAUGUGUACGCCUGUGCAGGAGGACUUAUUCGUCCAAGUUCUCCAUGGGUACCAAAGAGCGAGGAGGAAAUGAAAUGCGUAAUAAGCAAUUUACCUUCAACCUUUUACCAAGCUGGCUCGCUGAGGAUGUUUUUGAUGAAAAACUAUUGCAAACCGAGUUUCACAUAUUGCUACCUUCCGAAUGGGAAAUACGUGCCUUUCAAUGCGAGCAUCGUGCCUUGGGCGCCCAGCAAUUUCACCGCCAAAGGCAACAGCCCCACUUGCGUGCGCCUUCUUUUUAAGGUUAAAAACAAAAAUGAAGUUCAUUCGCUUCAACUCCAAGAGAUUAGCUGCUUAGACGCUUUAAACGUUGUUUGCGAAGGUCUGGAAUAGA